AUGCUGAAAGGUCUUGCAGAUGUCCCGACUUGGUCUUCAGUUGCUAAAGAAACAAGCAAUUUGGUGUCAAAUUUAGGAUCACGUAUUAGUUUGUGGCGUGGAGACAUAACACAUCUCCAAAUUGAUGCUAUUGCAAAUGCUGCGAAUUCCCAAUUGAGGGGUGGUGGAGGAGUAGAUGGUGCAAUACAUAGAGCAGCUGGUUCACAAUUGUUAGCAGCUUGUCAAAAGCUCGGUGGCUGUCCAACUGGGGAUGCAAAACUUACUCCAGGUUUCAAUUUGCCUUCCAAAUAUGUGAUUCAUUGUGUCGGACCAGUCGGACGGAAUGAUGCAGCUUUGGAAUCCACAUACCGAAAGGCAUUGGAGUUGUGCUCUGAGCACAAUAUCCAGUCUAUUGCAUUUCCCUGUAUAUCCACAGGGGUUUAUGGUUUCCCUAAUGAAGCAGCUGCCAAGGUGGCACUUCAUACAGUGCUCUCCUAUCUCAAAUCUCAUCAAGAGAUUCAACGUGUUAUCUUUUGUAUAUUUAUGGAUGUUGACUAUAAAAUUUAUGAAAAUUUAAUCCCGGAGAUGUUGGAUUCUUACAAAUAA